AUGGCCCUUAAGCUUUCUAUUGCUGUUUUCCUCCUGCGCCUCUCAAACAUACCACUCCAUCGCUACAUUAUCCUCACGACUCUUGUGGUGUGCGAAAUAGGCGGUCUCUUCUAUUUCCUCGUCUUCAUCUUUCAAUGCCAGCCUUCGAACUAUUUCUGGACGAAGUAUACGGAUGGAACGGGGAAGUGUAUAGACUCCAAUAUUCCAGUCGUUGCGGGAUAUGCAUACAGUGCCAUCACUUGUGCCUCGGACUGGAUCUUGAGUCUUAUUCCGAUAUUUGUGGUGUGGAAUUUACAGAUGACCCCGAGAGACAAGAUGAGUGUGGCAAUCAUUCUGUCAAUGGGUGCUGUUGCCUCAACCGCAACUAUUAUUCGCAUGCCAUACCUCCGCGGCCUCUCCAAUAUCGCCGAUUUCCUCUUCGCUACCGUUGAUGUAGCUAUCUGGUCCACUGCCGAAACAGGUAUCGGUAUUACGGCUUGCUCGGUUGCCACCCUACGCCCCCUUUUCCGCAAUUUCUUUCAACGAUCCAAUCUGUUUGGUGGCUCCACAAAAGGACCUAGUGACCCGAGUAAAAACUGGGCUGGCUAUUCGGAUGCCAAAGGAGCCGGAUAUAUAAAGCAAAGGAGUCUGGGCGUAAAUUCGGGAAGUUCGAGAGCCGCUAGGUCGGGAGAAGAUACCGACGAUGUUAAAUUAAGGGAUGAUAUCCCUGAGGAUUCAGGUAUCACGACAACUAUCGCAACUGGACAGCAGAAGAUUGGUGAUCAAUACGAUGACACUUCGGAUGAAAUUUCGCAACAUCAUAAUGAUAGAUAUGCGCAUGAUAUCGAUUUGGAAGGUGGACAAGGGCGAGAUCCUCGAAAUACCGAAUUGAGUAAGCGAGCAUCUAAGCAUGCGGGGAGAUGGAGUGGAGGAAAAGGGAGAAAUAGAGAUACUAGUGACGCGAGAAGUCUUAGUAGUGAAGAAGACUCUUCUUGGGGAAUGGGCAUCACGAAGACGACCAAUACCAAGAUUAGUAGUGUCAGGAUGAGUAGGGUGGGGGAAGGUCAAGGGUCGUUUGGGUUAUAA